ACACACACUUCAGCAAAGAAACACAGCCACACACACACCAAUACACACACAGGGGCACCAGCAGUGUGCCGGCAGAUCAGCUACACUUAAGAUGUCAAGGCAGGACAGACGCACAGGCAGACACACAGACAGACAUCCAAACACGGCACAUCACAUGCACCACACCAGACAGCACACCGACACAUGGACAGGCUCACCACAGACACACGGGCACACACAUGCAGUCACGUCAGCCACACACAGGCAGGCAGGCAGGCAGGCCAUGUCGACACAUUCCAAAUCACAGUAUGUAACAACACCAUCCAUAAAUCACGAGAGAGAACAGGCCAACACACACGCAGUGUGCGCAGCAGUGCAGACAGCCAGCCAGACCAGAAGUCGUUACUACCAGAGAGAGGCUAGUUCCGUUGCGCACAUACAGCCACACACAUACAGGCAGCCACACGCGCCAGCAGCCGUGGGCGGCACCUACUCCUCUGUAGGCGCCUCCGUCGUGGUCGGGAAAUCCGUCGUCGUCGGAGCCUCCGUGGGGGUCCAUUUGCAGUCGACGCACGUGACGGCGGUCAGUGCGUUGAGCUGGCCCCCCGUCACGCACAGGCCCUCGAGCGAGUCCAUCUUCUCGGAAGUCGACAGAAUGCGAUGCUUGAUGUCGCGAAAGCUCUGCGUCGGGUCCAUCGACCACAGAAGGGCAGCCAAACCUGAAGUCACAGAGAAACAAACAGUCGAUUGGAAUGCCUAACUGGGGACAUCACAUAGCAUCCCUCAGUGCUUCCAUGCCUACCAGCCACGAAGGGCGUUGCCAUGCUGGUGCCCCGCAUUGCCUCAUACUUGCCACCCGGCACCGUCGAGGCGAUUUUCGUCCCCGGCGCAAAGACGUCGACACUCCUGAGGCCGUAAUUGCUGAAGGACGCCUUCUCGCCGUCCUCAUUCGUCGCGCCGACGCUGAUGAUACUGUCCAGCUCAUACGAUGAGGGGUAGUGUUUCAUGUCGCCGUCAUUGUCGUUGUCGGUGUUGCCAGCUGCGGCGACGAACAGCAUGUUGGCCUCCUCUGCCUUCCUGAUAGCCGCCUCGAGCGCCCUGUUUGGAGCAGAGCGGACCAUUCCCCCCCAGCCGUUGCUUGUGAGGGUGGCCCCCAUGGCAACCGCAUAGUUGAUCGCCUGGAUGGCGUCAGAAGUAGAACCUCGACCACCCUGAUGAAAAGGCACAGGCAUGUGAUUUAAGUGCUCGGCAACCCUCCAUUUGCUCGACUUACGCAGAGGAAUUUGAGUGCCAUGAUCGUUGUUCUGCCAAAGGCGACACCUGCGAUGCCUGCGAUGCCCUCUUGGUUGUUGGCGGUGGCCGCUAUGACAGACAGACAGACAGACAGACAGAUGUUUAUGCAAUGUGUGUGCAGAGAUGGCAGCAUGCUUAUUCAUUCACUCACCGAUCGUUCCAGCAGAGUGGGUGCCUGUGCGGCCAUCCUUCUCCAUAGGAUCGCCGUCACCCGUUGGCGGGCUGCUUGAUCCGUCGCACCAAGCCCAGCCGUGAAUGUCAUCAAUGAAGCCGUUACCUGCACACAGACACAUACAGACGCAGGAAUGCAUGCAGAUCGUGUGUGUGUGGAUGUCCCUCCCUGUUGCCUCCCUCCCUCCCAUCACCCCUCCCUCCCUACCGUCGUCAUCGAUGCCGUUGCCAGCGAUCUCGCCUUGAUUGACCCACAUGGCGUCCUUGAGGUCCGGGUGAUUGUAGUCGACACCGCCGUCAAUCACCCCGACCACCGUAGUACCAUUGCCCACUGAGUCGGCCCCACUGUCCGUCUCCUGCUGCUGCUCAGACAGGAAGGCCCACGCCUCGGGCAUAUCGAUGCUGGCCAUCCCCCACUGCUCCUCAAAGACUGGGUCGUUGGGCAGCCAUCGGUCCUGUGCUGCCGCGGGGCGCUGUAGCCUGCGAACAGAAGUCGGCGCAACAAGGGCAUCCGGCUCGCAGACGUCGAUCUCAUCCGACGCCAGGAGGGCGGCCUCGCAUGUGGCCGCUGCAUCGACACCUGGCGGCAGAUCCACCACGUCCAUGGCCAAGCUGUUGAGGUGGUGGAUUGUCGUCUCAGCCGUGUACACGGUGGUCUCGGCUGACAGGGCGGCCUGCAGUGCCCUCGAGAUGCCUCCCGCUCGAACGAGGCCGUCGGUGUGUGCUGACUUGAGCUUCACGAUGAUGCGGUUGGUGCCGGUUGCCGCUGGACGCGAUGGCGGACUGCUGAGGGCACGGACAGUCCCAGCUCCAUCACCACUCACCAGGCUGAAUGUGCUGUAGGACACCACAGGGGUCUUGUUUGCAGAGCACUGACUGGCCACCAGGGACAGGGCGACCAGCAGAGUCCACACGAUUCCCGCAAGCUGAGCCAUUGCCUGCCGACGAUAGAUAACAGGACGAUAGAGAGCGAUGAUCAAGUCGUCGAGGAAGGAUCAAGGUGACGAUGCGAAGAGAGGGCGAGGGAAGUGGGAAGUAGGUAGACUGGAAGGUGGAAAGUGAAGAUCUGCACAGAUCUGGUAUGGGACAGGUCAGGAGGGAGGGAUGGAUGGGGAG